AUGAAUUAUCCGCCUCCCUUGUCAGGAUUCCAGAAACCUGCUGGGCAAGCGGUGCCUCAGAUGGUGGGUACGCCGCAAGCUGUUACUCAGCAGCUUCACCAGCAUCCGCCAGGUUUGAUGGGAAAUCAAGGAAACCAACAUCAGCCGGCCCAACUAAACAAUGUCCUUCCUAUGAUGAUGAACCAGGUUCAGAAUGUGAUAACUGGCGGUGCAGGGGGACCACAGCAAGCUGUGGGUCCUCCUAAUGUUGGAACACCUAAUGCAGCCCAGGCUGCGUUAGUGGCUCAGCAAUUGUCCAAUGCUAAUAAUCCGUUAUGCCAUCCACAUUUAGCGGACCCCUCGUUGUUGAAUUCACCAAUUUGGAAGUUACAGCUUCAAUUGGCUGCAGUUUCCAGACAGUCUUUGGGUCAAUCGAAUGUGUAUGCUAGACAAAACGCCAUGAAGAAGUUCUUAAAUAAUCAAAAUCAGUUGGGACUGUCUACUAAUGGCCAAGAUGGCGUUCAGUCACAACAGCAGCAGGGCCAGCAACAACAACCAAGUCAAUCUGGUCAGCAACAAGGUCAGCAACCUUUAGGUAAUGACGCAUCCAUGUCUUUAGUCGAGCACACUAAACAACAUCUUAUGGAGAUGGCCUCAUCCGGUAAUGAAGCUACUGCAUCUGCUGUUAAUGUCAAUUCUGAUCUAAACUCUACAGGGUUCUCAACUCCGAAUACUCCAAAAGCAGAGCUUCAUCCAAAUACACCUUCUCUACUUCUGCAACACAAGAAGCUGUCUCAAUAUAAUAUCGACGAAGACGAUGAAAUUGAACAUCGCAUGGUAGCUCCAACGAACUCUAAACAUGAUGAUCAAUUAUGGCACGCGUUAGACCUUUCCAACUUGGCCCUUUUCAAUCUUAACGAAAAACUGUUCCAUUACGAAUUUUUGACACGUUUAUAUUUAAAUGGUAAUAGCCUUACUUCAUUACCCUCUUCCAUCAAAAAACUCAGAAAUCUAAGAGUGUUAGACUUGUCUCAUAAUAGGUUGACAGAACUACCAAAAGAGUUAGGUAUGUGCUAUCAGUUGAAAUAUUUAUAUUUCUUUGACAAUAUGAUCACAACAAUCCCCUGGGAAUUUGGUAAUUUGUUUAACUUGCAGUUUUUGGGUUUGGAGGGCAAUCCUCUUGAUAAACAACUCGUGAAAAUUAUAGCUGAAAAGUCUGUCACUGGAUUAAUCUUUUACCUCAGAGAUAAUGCGCCUGAAAUCCCAUAUGCCAAGGAUAGAAAAUUUAUUGAAAUAUCAGCUGAUGGCGAGCCAACUAACGAAUACGAGUCAUUACAAGAGAAUACAAAUCACAUGAACAAUACUUUAUUGAAGAAUAGCUUCACAUUGUUAUCUUACAAUACGUUGUGUCAUCAUUAUGCUACUCCAAAGAUGUACCGUUUCACUCCAUCUUGGGCGUUAAGCUGGGAUUACAGAAGAGAAAAGUUGAAAGAACAGUUACUAGAUUUUGACACAGAUGUUAUAUGUUUGCAAGAAGUUGAAACUUUAACAUAUGAGGAAUAUUGGGUUCCUCUUAUGGAAAAAUAUAACUAUAGUUGCUUGUUCCACGCUAAGACCAGAGCCAAGACAAUGCACGCCAAGGAUUCCAAAAAGGUCGAUGGUUGUGCUAUUUUCUACAAGAAGGAUCAAUUCCAAUUGGUCUUCCAAGAUUCAAUUGAUUUUAGUUCUGCUUGGAGAAGCCAUAAAAAAUUCCAUCGUACAGAAGAUUAUUUGAAUCGUGCUAUGAAUAAGGACAAUGUUGCGCUAAUCGCAGAACUAAAGCAUUUGAAUACAAACGAAAAUGUGUGGGUGGUCACUACUCAUUUACAUUGGGAUCCACAAUUUAAUGAUGUUAAAACUUUCCAAGUUGGCGUGAUGCUGGACUAUUUAGAGACUUUAAUCAAACAGCACCACCAUGUAAACAAUAACAAUGACAUAAAGAAGAUUCCUAUGGUCAUCUGUGGUGAUUUUAACUCCCAAUUAGACUCUGCUGUUGUAGAAUUAUUCAACAGUGGUCACGUCACGGCAAACCAUAAAGAUAUUGAUCAAAGAGAUUUCGGUUAUAUGUCACAGAAGAAUUUCUCGCAUAAUUUGUCGCUCAGAUCAAGUUACGGCGCCAUUGGUGAACUACCAUUCACAAAUAUGACACCCUCCUUCACCGACGUCAUCGAUUAUAUCUGGUAUUCCUCUCAAUCACUACGUGUUCGCGGAUUACUAGGGAAGAUCGACGAGGAGUAUGCAUCCAAGUUUAUUGGGUUCCCUAACGAUAAGUUCCCAAGUGACCACAUCCCUCUUGUCACAAGAUUUGAAAUUUCAAGGGGUAACGCCACCCAAACAUCCAGCAGGAAAGUGUAA